CUACAACCACACAAUGACCGUUCCAAAACUGUUCACUCCAAUCCGAGUUGGAAAAGUUGCCUUGAAGCACCGUGUCGUGCUUGCUCCACUUACUCGCAUGCGUAACACUGGUGAUCAUGUUCCCAAUGAUCUUGUGGUCGAACACUACAAGCAGCGUGCUGGCAACGGAGGCGGCUUGUUGAUCACUGAAGCUACCUUCAUCUCACCCAUGGCUGGUGGCUACCCUGGCGCUCCAGGAAUCUAUACUAAGGAACAGGUGGAAGGAUGGAAAAAGGUUACUGAAGCCGUCCAUAAGCAAGGAUCUGCCAUUUUCCUGCAAUUGUGGCACGUUGGUCGUGCUACUUCCAGUCAUGUUCUCCCUGACAACGCUACACCCGUCUCAGCAUCUGCCAUUGCUAUCAAGGGCAACAACAUGGCCGGUCAGCCUUAUGGAGUUCCUCGUCCCCUUGAGGAAUCGGAAAUUCCUAGCCUUAUUCAAGAUUAUGUUAAGGCAGCCAAGAACGCCAUAGAGGCUGAAUUUGACGGUGUCGAGAUUCACGGUGCCAAUGGAUAUAUCAUUGACCAAUUUAUCAACAGCAACAGCAACGUUCGAACAGACAAGUAUGGUGGUUCCAUUGAGAACAGAACUCGAUUGGCUUUGGAAGUAGUGGAUGCCGUUCAACAAGCAGUCGGUCCUGAACGCACUGCUAUUCGAUUCUCUCCUUGGGGAGCUUUCCAGGACAUGGGUGACGAAACACCUUUGGAAACCUGGGGCUAUCUGACCCAACAAUUGCAAGACAACCAUCCCAACCUCGCCUAUCUUCACUUCAUGGAACCCCGUCCUGAUGUUGUUGAUCUGAGUGAGGCCGAUAAGGGACCAAGUCUCAAGUCCUUCAAAAAGAUUUGGAAGUCCGCAUUCGUCAGUGCUGGUGGUUAUGGCGACCAUCGUGAACACGCAUUGGCUGUUGCUGAGGAAACCGGCAAUUUGCUUGCUUAUGGCCGUCACUUCAUUGCCAACCCUGAUUUGCCUUACCGUCUUCAGGAAAACCUUCCUUUGAACCCUUACAACCGUGAUACCUUCUACGGUGGUGGCCCCACUGGAUACACCGAUUACCCAACAUGGGAAGAAGCACAAAAGGCGGACGUUGAGAACAACGCCGCCCAGAAAGCCGCCUUGUAAGCUUGUCAUGCAUGUCAUUGAUCUUUUAUUUUUGUAUAUUUUGUUAUGCGCUUAGAGAAAUCGUAGGAGCUAUACCACAUCGCAUUUUCCAGCAUAGAAUCAACCUCCAUCUUAAUGUUAUGAUUAAAUUUAUCCAACUGAAGUAAUAUAUAUCGUUGUAUGUCCCCUACAUGAUUUCCUUUUAGAAGCCCUAUACGGGUUGCCAACCGUCAAUGACAGAUACAUCUUUGCUGAUGAAAAUGGACUUGAAACAUGAGAAAUUUGCGAUUCC